AUGGGCCACUGCUCAAGUCAGACCAUUAAGAAAGAGGAGCUUGAAGAAUACCAGGUGCUAACAUUUCUCAGCAAGGAGGAAAUCCUACGCAUCCAUGAAGCUUUCCGUAAUUCAUGUCCCCAAGGAAAGGAUUAUAGACAAGAGAAACUCACAGUGGAGAAAGUGUGCACCUGGCCACAGUUAAAGGUCAACCCAUUCAGGGACAGAAUCUGCAAGGUGUUCUCCACAGAUGGCUACUUCACAUUUGAGGACAUCCUUGGGAUGGCAUCUGUCUUCAGUGAUGUGGCAUGUCCCAUCCUUAAGAUCGAAUAUGCUUUUCGGAUAUAUGAUUUUAAUGAGGAUGGCUUCAUUGAUGAGGAAGAUCUUCAAAAUGUCAUCCGUCGAUUGUUCAACAGCAAACACAUCAGAGAGGAAGUGAUUGUGUCCAUGGCCAACCGUGUUCUGAAGGAUGCUGACUUGGAUAAUGACAAAAUGCUCUCUGUGACGGAGUUUGAACAUGCCAUGAACUUGUGUCCGGACUUCCUAGACUCCUUUAGGAUCGACUUUUGACAAAGGGGAAGGAAGAAGGCAGCGUGCAAGAUG